GCGCCACCGGCGGGCCGGCUUUCCCCGCCGCCCACCCCGCUCCCGGCGCGGCCGAGCUCCGGCGGUACCUGCAGCCGAGCCAGAGAGCCGGGGAGCCCUCGCCGCCGCCUCGAAACUCGCCAAAGUUGAGAGGCUGCCGCCCACCGGGAGCUGGAGGGAAGGUGCGAGCGCGCGGGGCGCGAACCGGCAGACGGACGCGCGGACCUUCUGAGCGCACCGCCGUCGGCGGCCUCUCCCGAGCCGCUGCGGCUUCCCCGCGCUGUGAGUGGUCGGCUAGACCGACGGCUGGCUAAGUAUUUCCGUUCAAUUGUUUAUGGGAUGCGAUUGUGUAUUUUUUGUGUCGGCGGAGGGAGUUAAGGCAGAAUGCACCCUUUAAAAACAAAAACAACAACAACAAAAAAAAUCCUGAGUUUCUGAUAGUGAGACUGUUGCAUUGAGAGGAGGUACCUGGAAAUCGUACUGAGUUGGAGUAAUCUAGGAAAAAUGCAUUUAACAGGUUCUUUUUUUUUUAAAGACCCCCCAAUUGGAGAUGGAACCCAUCUCAAAAGUUGAUUGGAACGAAAGCAAUUACGGAAUAACUCUAAGGGGUUAACUAGUGGCAGUUAACUUGUACUUCUCUCCCGUUUUUAAAUGUUGUUACCAGAUUGGUGGGAGGCUGUGCUGGUGAGAAGCGACUGGCAAGAGGCUCAGAGGCGACCAUAAUGUCGUUAAGGUUCCACACACUGCCCACCCUGCCUAGAGCUGUCAAACCGGGUUGCAGAGAGCUGCUGUGUCUGUUGGUGAUCGCAGUGAUGGUGAGCCCCAGCUCCUCAGGACUGUGCCCUACGGCUUGCAUCUGUGCCACUGACAUUGUAAGCUGCACCAACAAAAACCUGUCUAAGGUGCCUGGGAACCUUUUCCGACUGAUUAAAAGACUGGAUCUGAGCUAUAACAGAAUCGGACUCCUGGAUGCCGACUGGAUUCCGGUGUCGUUCGUCAAGCUGAGCACCCUGAUUGUUCGCCACAACAACAUCACCAGCAUUUCCACGGGCAGCUUCUCCACCACUCCAAAUUUAAAGUGUCUCGACUUAUCGUCCAAUAGGCUGAAGUCGGUGAAAAGUGCCAUGUUCCAGGAGCUAAAGGUUCUGGAAGUGCUCCUGCUUUACAACAACCACAUUUCCUAUCUGGACCCGGCAGCGUUCGGAGGGCUCUCCCACUUGCAGAAACUCUACCUGAGUGGGAACUUCCUCACGAAGUUCCCUAUGGAUUUGUAUGUCGGGAGGUUCAAGCUGGCUGAUCUGACAUUUUUAGAUGUUUCGUACAAUCAAAUUGCUUCCAUACCAAUGCACCACAUAAAUUUAGUGCCGGGAAAGCAGCUGAGGGGCAUCUUCCUUCACGGGAACCCUUUCGUCUGUGACUGUUCCCUGUACUCCUUGCUGACCUUCUGGUACCGUAGGCACUUUAACUCUGUGACGGAUUUCAAGCAUGACUACACCUGUCGCCUGUGGUUGGACUCCAGGCACUCCCACCAGCUGUUGCUGCUCCAGGAUAGCUUUCUGAACUGUUCUCACAGCGUCAUCAACGGCUCCUUCCACGCACUUGGCUUUAUCCACGAGGCUCAGGUUGGGGAAAGGGCGAUUGUCCACUGUGACGGCAAAACCGGUAACGGGAACACCGAUUUCAUCUGGGUGGGUCCCGACAACAGGCUGUUGGAGCCGGAUAAAGACACGGGGAACUUUCGAGUGUUUUACAACGGAAGCCUGGUUAUAGAGAACCCUGGUUUUGAGGACGCCGGGGUUUACUCCUGUAUCGCCAUGAACAGGCAGCGCCUGUUGAAUGAGACGGUGGACAUCAUGAUAAACGUGAGCAAUUUCACCAUAAACAGAUCCCACCACGCCCACGAGGCAUUUAACACGGCUUUCACCACCCUGGCUGCCUGCGUGGUCAGUAUCGUCCUAGUGCUACUGUACCUGUACCUGACACCGUGUCCCUGCAAAUGUAGAGACAAGAGACAGAAAAACGCACUGAACCAAAGCAACGCCCAUUCGUCCAUUCUCAGUCCCGGCCCCACCCGGGAUGCCUCUGCUGAGGAUCGGAAGGCAGGUAAAAGAGUGGUGUUUUUGGAGCCCCUGAAGGAUCCAGCGGUGGGACAGAAUGGAAAAGUCAAGCUUGUCCCCAGUGAGACCGUUAUAGCCGAGGGCAUCUUAAAGUCCUCCAGGGCAAAAUCUGACUCAGACUCGGUCAAUUCCGUGUUCUCAGACACACCCUUCGUGGCAUCCACUUAACCGUGUGCCUGUGUUCGUCUGGUGUCGUGAUUUGACCUCUCCCUACCCAACUGCAGUCCACGAAAUUAGUAGCAGGAGAGAAACUGUUUUGUCUUUUUGAGAGAAAACCAAAUGGUGUCUUUAUGAUGGUUGCUAGGAAGUGAGGCAGAGCACCCUGGUUGCUUCCUCGUGCUGGGUAAAGAUCCAGUUGAUUUUGAGAGUCUUAAGUUCCCAGUAACAGCCAUCAGCAUCUUUGAGGAUUUCAGGCUGGCCUGAAGGCGGUAGGACCAGCCAUUAUCUCCUGGUUAUCUCGGAGGGAAAAAAAAUAAAGCUAUGUGUUAGCAUUCUUUAAAAAUAGAACCUUUUAACUUACUAGAGCCAAAGUUGAGCUGAGCUUUUCUUAUUUUUAAGAAAAACACGAGUGGCUUCUUUCCCCUCUAAAAGAUGUAGAAGGAAGAAUCGGUUAUUUAUAGAUCAUAAAGUUAGCAUAGAGGUUUUUCAGCCGAAACCAUCAUUUCGGACCAGGAUAGACACACUAGUAACAUCCACAGAAUCAUGCCACGUCCCAUGGAGUGCACAGGGGCCUAGCUUUUAGCUGUCUUCUCCGUCAUCUCUGUGCUGUAUCCUGGUACAAAAGAUGCCCCCCAAAAAGUUAAAGGUGUCUUUAUGUGUUGCCAAGAGUAUGUGUCACUGCCAAACUGUCUGAGUCACUCCCUACACCCUCACCGCAGCAGACUCAGGUUUGUCCACCUGCGUGUGUAUAUGUAAAACCUUAAGUUCUAUGAAUGGCCGUAUAGACCCCAAUGUACUGUAUUCCAGACAUUUAAAUCAGCGUAAAUACACGUGCUCUGUGA